AUGUCUUCAACUGCUACUAUGGUAUAUGUUCUGCUGAUACUUUCUAUACUGAGCAUUAUUUCUGAUGUUUAUGGAAUCAUUUUAACCCACACUCAACUUUCCGAAACUUCUACCGCAUCGUCGAAUGAAAAUAUCACUAAAGAUGUUUACUCUUGGACAAAAAUGGAUAAUGUCAAAGACGAAAAUAAUUCUAGCCUCAAUAUAUCAAACUACGAAGAAGUGACGCACAGUUCACCAGACUUAAAUAAUUUGACAUUUACUCCUUGGUAUAAUACGUUUGCGGUUGAAAAUAACGUAUCAAAUACCACUGACGCGCCAUUAGAGGAAAAAAGCACUUUUAUAAAUUCUUCGACGAUAAUAUUAACCACAACCGAUUCUCCUAAUAUCGAAAACGGUUCUCAUAAUAUGUCCAAUACAGAAGAAGUGAUGCACAGUUCACCAGAUUUUAAUGGUAUAACAUUUACUCCUUCUUGGUAUACGUUUGCAGUCGAAAAUUACGUAUCCAAUACCACUGAUGCACCACCAGAAGAAAAAAACACUUAUGUAGACUCUUCGACGAUAACGUUAACCACAACCGAUUCUCUUGAUAUCGGAAACAGUUCUCACAAUAUGUCCAAAAAGGAAGAAGAUAAAUCAUUGAUGCACAGUACACCAGACUUAAAUAAUAUGACAUUUAUUCAUUUUUGGUAUACGUUUGGGGUUGAAAAUAACGUAUCCAAUACUACUGAUACACCAUCGGAAGAAAAAAAUACUUAUGUAAACUCUUCAACGAUAAUGUUAACCAUAACCGAUUCUCGUGGUAUCGAAAAUGGUCCUCACAAUAUGUCCAAUAAGGGAGAAGUGCACAUCAGUCCAUCAGACUUUCUCUUUAUUCUUUCUCGGUUUAAGCUUCCGGUCAAAACACACGAAUUCAGCAAUACAAUUAACACACCAUUAGAAAAUAAUAUCGUUGGUGUCAAUUCUUCAACGACAACAUUGAAAUCAAAGUCGGACGAAGUCGGUAACAAUGCUCCUCUCGUUGCGCCUAAAAACGUAGAAGUGACACAUAAAUUAUCAGCCGUCGAUGAUUCGAAUAUUUCUCCACUAUACACACUUACUGCCAAAACACACAUUAACAAUACUUUUGGUAAACCAUUAACAGAAAGCAGUACUCGUGAAUACCCUUCUAAGGUUAAUUUGACGACCGCAACAAAUUCUACUGAUACCGAAAAAAUUUCUUUUAAUAUGUCCAACUAUAAAGAUGCGUGCGGAAGGCAACUUAUUCCAAUAACUAGAAUAGUUGGAGGCGAUAAUGUUGCUUUUGGCGAGUGGCCGUGGCAGAUUUCAUUAAGACAUAAAAUACAGUUUUUACACAAAUGCGGAGCGGUAUUAUUCAAUGAAAACUGGGCUAUAACUACUGCUCAUUGUGUCAUAAACGUUCCAGUGAGAGACUUACAUCUCUUAUUCGGGGAAAACGAUUUGUCAGUGAAAAAACCUCACGGUAAUGUAACUAGGACAUUGCAGAAAGUAAUUAUACAUCCAAAGUUUAAGAAAAAUAAACCGAAUUACGACUUGGCACUAUUGCAAUUUGAUAAACCUGUCAAAUUUCAACCAAACAUUUUACCAGUUUGCAUUCCAGAAGACGAUUUAAAUUUUGUAGGAUUUUCUGCUCAUGUUACUGGUUGGGGAACUUUGUAUUAUGGCGGAAAUUCGCCUUCUAUUCUACAAGGAGUAGCAGUUCCAGUAAUUAGCAAUUCCGCUUGUGAAAAAAUGUUCCGUGCGGCUGGAUAUAUAAAACAAAUUCCGGACACAUUUAUCUGCGCGGGCACAGAAAGCGGAGGUGUCGAUGCAUGCAAAGGUGACUCGGGUGGCCCCUUGGUUGUACAGAGACCCGACAAACGCUGGGUCGUGGUGGGUAUCGUGUCGUGGGGCAUGCGAUGUGGCGAACCAAAUAGUCCCGGAGUGUACAUGAGAAUCUCAAAGUUCAAAGACUGGAUUAAUCAAAUAAUAUUACAAUCUUAAUAGACAGAGAAACACACUUCGACAUAUACAAUAUCUGGUAGAUCGAUCAUCGGUUGUACAAUAUCUUUUACUAUUCUUAUUUUUAAG